CAAUAAAGGGUUUCCUAAGAAUUUUAGAAAUUGAUCCUCUGAUUCAGACCAAACUUAAUGCCCCCAAAGAAAAAUCUAAUCGUCUUACCAAUAGAAUGAUUUGAAUUCUGAAGGAAUUAGUCCUGAUUUUAGAACCUUUUCAAGAAGCAACCGAUGUCUUACAGGCUGAUUACGAGACACUCGGCAACGUAAUCCCAGCCUACUUGGACCUACUCAAUAAAGUAAGCUUGUCAAGCGAGGAAGAAGACGAAAUUAUCAUCAACAAUCCUAAAUGUCCUUUGGCUGGCAAAAUUUUUCACUGCGCAGAUCUAGCGGAUGCCUUAAAAAAAAUCUCUGAAAUCUCGAAUGUCAUAUGUUUUGCAAGACACUUACUAUGUGUUAGGUGCUGUUCUCGAUCCCCGCUUUAAAAAAUGCUGGAUUGCUGCAACUUCAAUGUCAGAGCACGCCCUUUUAAACAGCGUUAGGUUUGAACUAACUUCAAGAUAUUCAAAGCUAAAAGACGAUGAAAGUGAAUCUCACAGGAAUUCCACUAAUGAAGAACAACAAUCUACUAAUCAAGAGAGUGGCCCGACCCAAAGCAAAAAGAAACGCAACUUUUACAGCACCAUAAAUACUCCCAAAAGGACCCCUUCAGCUGGAAGUGCCAAAAUUCUCGACGAAUUAGAAGUCUACUUAAGUGAGCCGAACAUCCCAAUAGAAGAGUUAGAUGAUUCUGGUGUCUUGCAACCAACUCGAGCUCUUAAAUAUUGGAAGCUUCAUUCCCACCGUUUCCUUUUCUUGUCUCUUGUUGCAAGAGAUAUUUAUGGUUGUCCUACCUCAUACACCAGUAUUGAAAAAGCGUUUCCCAGAUAGGAAUUGUUGUCCCAU